AUGGGUGGCUCGGGUAAAUGGAUCAAGUCCCUGAUGGGCGUGAAGAAACCAGAAAGGGAAGACAAUGUAAGUAUAAUCGUGCCCGUCUCGUCGAUGGGUCCUCGCCGAAUCUCUCUAUCUCCACCAUGGUUUUCUUGUUUUUCCUGGCUCUUUGAGAGGCUUGUUUGCUGAUUUCUCCACGUUCUGUGGGUUGCCUUGACGACUGUUCUUGAAGGAGAUAAUGUCCGACAACAGCAGCGGUGGCGGCGGCGGCGGCGGCGGCGGCAGCGGCGGUGGGAAGAAAUGGAAGAAGCUCUGGCGGAGCUCUUCUGGAGAGCAUGGCUUUGGGUGGAAGGGAUUCAAGGGGAAUCGCAGGUCCGCUUCCGACGAGUCAGACACCUCUUCCGUGGCCGACGCCUUCACUGCGGCGAUGGCUACAGUGGUGAGGGCACAGCCCAAGGAUUUCAUGAUGGUCAGGCAGGAGUGGGCCGCCAUCCGCAUCCAGACCACCUUCCGUGGCUUCCUGGUAAACCUCAGGCUCCCUUCUCACUCCCAUGGUUUCAGCGGCUCAACUCUCGUACAAGAUUCUCUGCUGAAUGCCUGGCCGCCUAGGAAUAUUUUCUCGCCUAAUCUUUGGAUUUCCUUGAUCAUACAUUUAUUUAUAAUUUUUUUGAUGCUCGUUUCUUUGUGGGUUCUUCAGGCAAGAAGAGCACUGAGAGCUCUGAGGGGGGUGGUGAGGCUUCAGGCGAUCGUCAGAGGGCGGCAGGUGAGGAAGCAGGCGGCGGUGACUCUGAGAUGCAUGCAGGCGCUCGUGCGAGUCCAAGCUCGAGUCAGAGCUCGUCGGGUUCGAAUGUCCUCCGAAGGCCAGGCGGUGCAGAAGCUGCUGGAGAUGCACCGCAGCAAGAUGGACAUGCUCAAGGAGGCCGAGGUGAUCCAAAUCCCCUCUCUAAAUUCCUCUCUAAAUUGUCACACCGAUGCUGCAUUCACUUGUUCUUCAGAUUUCAUCUGCCUCGUCCAGAAAUUACUUUUUUCAUGAUUUUUGCACCCUGCAUUCAGAAACUCUCUAACUUCUUCCUGGGCCCGCUCGCAGGAAGGGUGGUGCAACAGCCAAGGGACGGUGGACGAAAUCCGGGCGAAGAUUCAGAUGAGGCAGGAAGGAGCCCUCAGGAGGGAGAGAGCGAUCGCUUACUCUGCAUCUCAGCAGGUCCGACUUCAACGGAAAAAGGAGGAAUCUUUUCAUCUGAACGAUCUCUGUUUUCUGCAUUUAAAAAUCUGUGGUCCUGCUUUUCAGCAUCUGAGACCAAACGCCAAACCCAGUUCGGCGGUGAUCCCGCCCAAGAACCAGGAGCUCGACCGGUCGAACUGGGGCUGGAGCUGGCUGGAGCGGUGGAUGGCCGCCAAGCCAUGGGAGAGCAGAUUGAUGGAGCAGCAGGCCCCCGCGGUGGCCUCGGAGCCCCAUGUUCCCCGAAGAUGUGAAGAACCUCAGGGGGCGCCCUCGAGAUCAUCGAAGAAGUGUGAAGAUGAUCAUCGUGGAACUCGAUCGAAGCCCUUCGAGCCCGGAUCGGUGUGCAUCAAGAGGAACAACGUGACCACGAAGAUAUCAGCCAAGCCCCCGACUCCGGCUCAUUCUUCUACCCGAUGUGGGUUCCGCUCGACUUCAUCGCCCAGCUCUGAAUUCAGGUACGACGAGAGUUCAGCGUCUUCUUCCUCCGUGGGCGCUUCGACGCCCAUUUCUGGGACGACCGUUGCGGCGUCGGCAUCGGAGAGGGCCGAGGAGAGCAGCGCCGGCAGGCCGAGCUACAUGGGCUUGACGCAGUCCAUCAGGGCAAAGCAGAAGGGCGGCGGCGGCGCCGCCCUCAGGAAGACGGCGGCGGUGGACUCAAGGAGCUGCCAGGGUUCAGGUCCCAAGAUCCCUCCUUCCAAGUUCGUGCGCCAGGAGAAGAGCUUGCUGAGGGACUUGGAGAAGGAGAACUCCUACUAUGGCGGCGGGGAGAGGCCGGCCCCUGUGUAUUAG